GCACUACUUAGUGUGUGAAUGAGACACAGCCGCCAACUCAGCUCCUGAUGUAACAUUAGCAAACUGAGCUCACGACAAAUGGCCGUCUGCUUUCUGUCUUUGUGUGGGAAAAAAACAAUCCAUUUAGCUACUUUACCGUCAAAACUCUGCAGAGUCAGCACUCGUAUUGGCUUCUCCAGCACUGCUGCAGAGAGGCGCACUACGGGAGACGACUGCCACAAUGAUGACGGUGAUGAUGAGCAAAGUCUCUCUGUAACACAUGUCAGGAUGUUGGAGAUGAAAGCCAACAAGCUGGAGGAGCAGGUCCGGGAUCUCACUCAACGUUACAAAAGGGCUUUGGCUGACUCUGACAACGUACGGAGAAGAACUCAGAAGUUUGUGGAGGACGCAAAGACCUUUGGGAUUCAAAGUUUCUGCCGUGACCUAGUGGAGGUGGCAGACCUGCUGGACAAAGCUGCAGGAGGCAUUAAUGUACAGGACACACAGAAUAUGACUGAAAUUACAAACAAACUGCAGCAGGUGUUUUCCAAGCAUGGGCUGGAGAAGAUGAGACCUGUGGGUGGUGCAUACGACCCGUACCAACAUCAGAUAGUGUGCCAUAUGCCAGCUGAAGGACUCGAACCUGGAAUCAUUGCCACUGUGAAGCUAGAUGGUUACACGCUGCACGGGCGCACUAUUCGCCAUGCGCAUGUGGGGAUCGCUGUAAAAACACAGGACUCUUGAUUACUUGUGAAUCAUUUUGUAUUGACUUUACUCUUGUCCUUUUUCUGCUUUCUUCCAAAUUAUUGAUCAACUACAGGAAAUUUGGGAAUAUGUUUGUGUGCAUGCAUGCACACACACACACUUAAAUAUAUAUGUAAAUAUAGCAAUUUUGCUUUGCUCUCUUAAACACUGCAUGGUAUUAACAUUUGCCUCAGAUGAUCAGAGCCCAAAUGGGAGGUGCUUAAGUACAAGAGUGACAAAAGCAUGGCCGUGAUUCAUUUCCAAUGUAACCUGGUCCGUCUCUGAUGACGUCAAAAAAAAAAAAAGAAAACGCUUAAUUUUUGGCAGGUUUGUCAUUUUCACGCUAAAGUGACCUGUUUUCUAACUACUCAGACAUGCUGUUGAUGUCCAGGUGGAUUUUCCCCCUGUUGCUUGUGCAUGUUGUUAACAACAUAUUUAUUUAAUCUCAUUAUUUCUAAUCUCUACAUUUUCAUACCAGCUAUUCAAAUCUCCUCUUGUAUGAAUGCCUUAUAUUUUCUUGCCAUUCACAAAUUGGUCCUCACAUUCACAUUGUGGUUUUUUUUUGUUUUGUUUUUUUAAUUAAAGUACAUUAUGGGACAAUUUUAGCACCUUGGUGCCAAAUUGAAUUGGGCCUGUGAUAAUUGUUCAGUUAUGUAGUUUACAAUAAGCUUUUAUUUUAAUUUAUUGCAGCUUACAAGUUUGUUUCUUGAACAUAUUGUUUUGCUACAUUUUGUAUUAUCCCUAUAUAUAUUUUUUUGUGGUUCAUUCGUUAAUUGGAACUGAAAAUAAGACAGUAUUUGUAUAUAUAUGAGGAAAAACGGCCAACCGUAGUGAAAACUGGCAUAUAUUUAUUUGUAUCUUUAUUUGAAACGUCACCCACUGGACCUUGUUUUCGGGAUAAAUUUAAUUUCCUUUUUUUUCCUCCUUGGAUUAUUAAAAUAUUAAACCCCCCUUGUUAGUAUAGCUACAAAGGCUUUGCACUAUGAUAUUUGUAUUUCAUAUAAUUUUCCCCUUCUAUAUGAUGGAAGAAGGACAAAAUGAGUAAUGUUGCUUUUUACUGUUGAACAAACUGACAAUUUGUAAACAUUUAUGGUUUUGUGCCUUAAUGGUAGAUCAGGAUUGUCAGAAUAACAAACUUUAGCAUUUCCUUGAUUAAUAAUUGUCCAGCUUUGAAAAAAUAUAGUGCACCUUACAUUGGUAUAUGAAGUACACACGAGGUACAGAGAAACCUGUUUGAUAUUUAUAUUUUAUUGUAAUCUUCAAUUUGAUGUAGUUCACAAUCCUGUGUGAAUUAGAUUUGCGCUUGAAGUUGCAUAUGGGAGAUUUGUAUUUUGUGUGCAUAUCAGUGAUGUAUGACAUGUUUAUCACUCUUUAUUUUUGUCAAAGUAAUAUUAAAAUGUAAAACAACGUGUAA